CGUUUGGAAACCCUGACCCAUGAUACAUUGCGCCAACUCGUGUGCAAAUUUCCUCUUUGGGAAGGUUUCAAGAUGACGGUGCGAUUUCUUCCGCUUUGGGUUGCAGUUUGGCUCGGUAUUACGAGUACCACAUGCACGAUCGAUUCUUUGUUUGUGCUUUUGCGACCUCAUACACUACCUGGCGGAAAAUGGAACUACGUUUUCCAACCUUACAACCUUUACAUAGAAGUUGACCCAAUAUACAAAGAUCCUAAUGAUGCAUUUGGCAUUGGACAAACAUGGAUGAACCUGGUGGAGAUCUGCCUGAAUAUCAUCACUAUAUUAAUGCAUACCAGAAGCAAAGCUGGUCUGGCAGUGCUGCUUGCCUUCAUGGUCUCUACCAUGACAUUAGCUAAGACAGUGUUAUAUUUCCUUAUCUGCUCUCCUUUGUGUGGUGGACCACACUUUGUGAACUACAUUGAUUUGAAGAAACUGAUUUUUGCAUUCAUUAUUCCAAACGGUAUCUGGAUAGUUGUUCCCUUCCUCUGUGUGAUGGCCACAGGAAAAAUAAUUUUAGAUUGCAUGGAGAAUGGUGAACCAAAAGCAAAGAAACUGAAAUCUCAUUAGUGUUUUGUAAGAGUAAUGCACUUUUAAAGUUCUCUAUAACAAAUAAUUUGGCAUACAGGCUAUAUGCAUUUAAUUAAAGAUGUCCUACACAAUAAUUUUUCUGAGACAGCCCAUAAAUCUUGUUAUUCUUUUUGUACCACAGAACUGACAGGAGCAACAGCCUCACUGUUAAUGGGUGUACUUCUGCAAAACAUCCAUACCCUGAUUAAUCAAAGGGCUCUAUGAGCCAACUCAUUCAUGCUCUUUGCCAUGAAAUGAUUUAAGUGUUUAUUGAGCAUUACAAUGUUUAUUAAUGUUGGUGGCACAUCAAUAAGCGUCAAGCUUCUUCCUGACAUGUAUCUUAGCUAUCAGCAGGCUUACAAUUGACUGGAUGAUUGGGGAAUGAAUCAUGUGCUGUACAAUAGAUUUGGACAAUAUAGCAUUGUUCUGUGUGUUGUUGUCAAGCAUUUGUGUUCAUUGUUUAGCAAAUGUUGUGUCGUCUAUAAGAAGUGAAAGCUUUAUAUUCACUGUUUGCUUGUUACAGCUUAUGUAUGGUAUUUUAUUCAAAGAAAAUGCGAGUGAUCUAGUGCACAUUUGUCAGUAAACCUUGAGAAAGCUUGCGAAACUUUUAUACAUAUGUCUUGUUACAAAAAAUACAGGACAAAAUUAAAGAUGAAUAUUCUAUAUCAUAUGCCUUA